AUGUCUGGGCCGACGUCAGGCUCGGUUUCGAGCACGGUUGCGGGCCAAAUAACAAGCACCCUUCUGCCAACAGUUACCAAGAUUGACGCAAGGGAUGACUCAAGCUCCCUAUCUGUUGCGAUUGCCUUCUUGAUAGUUUGCGUCCUCGCUCCGGUGACCAUCACAAGCAACACCAUGAUCCUAGCAGCCUUCUACAGAUAUAAGAGACUCAGGACCGCUUCGAACUGCCUCCUGGCUUCUCUCGCGGUCAGUGACUUCGGGGUUGGGGUCUUCAUUCCCUUCGGUGUAUACAUGGAACAAUCAGGACCACCGGAAACAGGAGUUUCGAGUAUUUGCAUCCUUCCGUACUGCAUUGUAAUCGCUCUGUGCAGUGUCAGUGUACUCGUCACCGUGGCAAUAGCUGUCGAUCGGCUGACAUCACUUGCUCAACCACUUCGUUACAAAAAUAUCAUCACUCAUAGCAGCGUUGAGAAGUACAUUGCCGUGUUCUGGAUCUACGCUAUCGCGGUUGGACUUUCGCCGCUUAUAUAUGCACACAUCACGGGAUUCCCGCCAACCAAUGGUGGAAGCUGUCGUUUCGGAGCGGCAAUUCAGCCACCGGUUCGUGUAUUUCUAGUGGUUGCAGUUUGGGCUCCAAGUGCUUUCGUUUUGCUCGGCUGUUAUAUAUAUGUUUACCUCGUUGCACGUGCACACGCUCGGGCAAUCUACACUGUUGAGCUGUCAUUCAGACAUCAAACGCAGACACUGGCACUACCGCGUUAUGGCCAAACUUUAGCGGCAACUGUUGGAGCUUUUCUCGUUCUCUGGCUGCCUUUUCAGGCAUGCAUGCUGCUCGACGUAUUCUGCGGUACUAGUAUCCUGUCAGAGUGGACAAUAGUUUGGCUGGGUCUACCAAUUCUCGCUCACAGCGGCGUAAAUCCCUGGAUCUAUGCGUUUCAUCACGGCGAAAUGCGCGGAGCAGCUGGUAAAAUAGCGGAGGAUGUUGUAACGCGCUUUGGCAUUCAUCCAAGCCGUUAUGGAUGUUCCCCGAUAGCUCGUGGUGGCUCAAAUUUAGAGCUCGGUGCGGUAAACAAGAAUCACGAGGAACGUCGACCGCCUGUUGAAGAUUGCUUUGCCGCAAAACAUCAGAAUAAUUUUUACCCCGUAAGAGAGCGACGAUCUGAAACGACCAGUAAUAACAUUGAGAUUUCUCCGGAGGGCAAUGAAUCCGGGAAGCGAUUCUCCCAGUACGAGUCUGCAGUCGAUGUAAUCGAGGAGGACGUUCGCGACCUUGCUAAAAUGCUCGGAGCAGAAUAUGCCGUCAAUAGAUGCCACUUGAUAGAUACAAAUCACAAUGUAGACAAAAUAAAAAACCUUAAAUAUCUUCUGGAUCCAACCUUCAACAAAAUACGUCACUUACGUAAAUUGAAUCACAAAAGUAUGGUCUGCUGUGGUAAACACGAAGGAGAAAAUCAGGGUAAGAAUUUAAAUCAAUUUAGAUUCAUUUCGUAUCAGAACUUAAAAAGUGAUAUAAAUAGUCGACGAACGCUCAAACUGAACGCUUUGUCGGAUCCGACGUUAAAUGUAGACACUCCGUACAGUGGGAGUGUCGAUUUGGGUGAAGGACUUCACAAAGACACAUUACUACGCUUUAAUCAACGAAGAGACUCCGGUUUGGCCUCUAUGUCCGAUCCUAACAUCAAAGCGAUUCAUCUUGUCAAGGCGCACAGUCAUCGAGCAGUGGUUCCCGAGUGCCACCGGUUUUCUGUACAGAGCCUAGAUCACCCCCGGUGUCUUAUUCAAUCCCGUAAGCCUGAUAGAAAAACCUCUCGGGACUUAAAUUCGGUGAAGACGAGGAGCGAGAUUGCUGCCAGAUGGAGGCAGGCAGCAUCUAAACAGCUUACUGUCACUGCUAAUAAACUCUCGAGCUUCUUUCACCCGGAGCACCAUCGGUUGAGUAAUUUUAGCGAUCACCAGCUCACGAUCCCAUCACCCUCCUCCCAUUUGCAGCUGCCCCAAAGAUGCUUCGACUGUCUAAGACACUCCGAGUCUGUCGGCUGCGGUAUCGAAGGAUCCAAACUUUUAGAGCCUAAAAGACUUAACAGCACUCUGACUGUUCCUAUAAUUCACUCGGAGCCGCCCAGUCCGCAAGUUGACUUUCCACCUUUAGCGGCGCUGAGAGAAGAAGAGUCGCUGGAUGACCUGGAGGCGAUCAGAUCUCCUCAGACGAGGCGUAACAGCUCCAAAAGCUCGGUAAGACACUCAGAUCCCUUUCCUUAUGUUUUGCUGAACAUCGAAGACUUUGACAAGGAAUUAAGCCCCGAGGCUUCCAGUCACAACGUCAGGUCGAUUGAUCCAGAUGAAUUGAUUGCUGCUUUAUCGAAAGCUCCUCCAGAGACUCGGCUGUCUAGUAGCAAUCUUUUUCCAGAGCACGACUCGACGAGGUUUAGCUCCCGAAGACCCUCUGAUUUGAGGUGGUCAGAGGCUUCCAGAAGUCAAGAGAUACUCUCGAAUAUUAACGAACAUCAAAAGUCACCGUCCUCCUACUCGGUAAAUAAUUGUCAGACUUGCAACAGCGGGAGCGACCUUAAUGACGUAACUUGUUUGGAUUCAUUUAUGUGUCCUGACGCACUUAGUUCCUCGUUACGUGAGUCCUUUUUUGAAGCACCGUCAAAUCCAGACUCAGACGUCUUCACCUCGCUAGAGGACACCGAAAUUAAGGAGUCUGUGCCGGAUCCACGCAGGUGGAUUCUCCCACCUGUUCAUUCUUCCGUCACUUCUGUUAAUAAUAAAAUUAUAAAUAAUAAUAAUAAUAAUAAUAAUAAUAAUAAUAAUAAUAUUAAUUGUCGGGAAAAUGGUAUUAAACGGCCGGAAAAUGAGUCGCGUCAAAGCAAGUCGUCGGAUUCAGUAAUGUUGAGGUGCCGGCACGCCUUUCUGUGGCUGCAGAUGACGGGUCACAGAGGGAAAAUUAGUCUCAAUUCCAGCAAAGAUGUGAUAAUGAAUGGCUCGAAGAAGAAAAUUAGAUUAGCGCCGUUGGCUCCUUCUACGUCUAUUGACAUUUGUUCACCCUCUGUAGAGAUUAAGGGCUCAUCUGGUAUUGGAGUUAGAGUGUAA